CGUUGGAAUCGUCAACGAAAACGUCAACUCCACAUGUCCGUCCUCAUCUCUAAUUCCAAACAAAAACCCUCGUCCCCCAUCAAUUUCACCACUCAUAAAUUAAACAUGAUACGUCACACGUGCCCCCUCAUUAUCCCCAUUGAAUUAAUCCCCUUAUCAAUAAAGAGUCGGUCAUAAAUUACAAAAUUCUUCACUGAUAACACCAAGAAGCCAUCGACCUCAUCAUCAAUUCCAAUCGCGUCCUAGUGACUGCUAAAAUCUCAACAAAGCUGCACUUCGGAAAUCGUUAGUCAAUUUUAUGAAGAGGCCCUUAUCACCGAUCGUUAUCACCACAUGGAAAUUAUCUCUCCGGACUUUGACAAGUGCUCACUAAUUCUUUACAUAUCCCUCGAAAAUCACUACUAAAUCCCCGAAUUUCCGGAAUUCCAAACCUCAAAAACACCAGUGAUUCCUCAUUUUUUGGAUAACCGUGAGUGUCAGGGGUGCAAAACCCCUCUCAUCGAAUUCCCAGAGAAAUUUUUGAUCUCCACCCCUUAGAUCAUGAACUCCAUUAUCUCCAGUUUCCCAUGACAACAGGAGUUUCAGUCGUCGAGAUUAGUCAUCGAUUUGAUAACAAACAUCGUUGCCAUUUGUUUUGGUGAUACAUCGGUUGAACAAUGGGCUGAUGUACUCGGUAACUAAAUCCCCCACCUUGAAGAAUGUCGAGUAGACAAGAGAAUUACUCCAAGUGCAAUCAUCUGAGGAUUCGUGUGUUGAUACGUGGUGUCAGAAGGUGUUUUAUGAGUUUUUGAGAGGCAGGAGGGAUUUUGAUUAUUUAAAUUGAGGGUCUGGGGCUUUUAAAAUGUCAAAGGAACUGCCGAAGAAUGUGGCAGAGUGGAGCAAUCAGGAGGUGGUGCUGUGGCUGAGGGAAACUGGACAUUCUGGAGUUAUUCCUACGUUUCAAGCGCAUGAUAUUGAUGGAAAAGCACUGCUGACACUUAGGGAGGACGAUCUCAAGGGACAGGGAAUGAAUCUAGGAAAAAUUGGGGAGAUUAAGAGACUGUACAUCAGCAUCAAGAAACUUCAGAAGGACAAUGUCACGGUUCUCUUUGAUCUAGGGCAGAUCGAGUUCUUCUCUAGCAAUUUUUACAGCCAGCAGAGACAUGAGUUGCCGAGCACAACAUCUAAUAACGAGAGUUCAAUAGAGCACGAGUUUUACUCAGCCUCGGUGUCAGAUGAUGGUCAUGCAUCCCACUUACCCCCGGAGAUCUGGAAAACAGUGAUAAGCCUUGGAUAUUUGUUCAUCGUGACGUGGAUAACUGCCUUCGUGAUGGUGAUAGUUCAUGAUCGAGUUCCUGACAUGAAGAAAUAUCCACCUCUCCCGGAUAUUUUUCUGGACAAUGUGCCCCACAUUCCCUGGGCCUUUGACAUGUGCGAGGUCACGGGGACACUAUUAUUUGCCAUUUGGCUAGCUGUUUUAAUUGUACAUAAGUACAGAUUUAUAUUGCUAAGGAGAUUCUUUGCGUUAUCUGGCACUGUCUUCCUCCUCAGAUGUGUCACGAUGUUAAUAACUUCGUUGUCAGUACCUGGUGCUCAUCUCCAGUGUCAACCCAGAGCGACACCAGAUGAUCCCUGGGCUAGAACAGCUUAUGGAGAGCUGUACAAUAAGAUAUCCAUGGCGUAUGUCAUCUGGAGAGGGGCUGGCAUGUCCAUCCAGGGUGUGAGAACUUGUGGAGAUUACAUGUUCAGUGGACACACCGUUGCACUGACAAUGUUGAAUUUUUUUAUAACUGAAUACACACCCAGGACGAUGUACUUUCUCCACACCUUCACCUGGAUGCUCAAUAUGUUUGGGAUAUUCUUCAUUCUGGCUGCCCACGAGCACUACUCCAUCGAUGUAUUCGUCGCCUUCUACAUCACCUCACGUUUAUUUCUGUACUAUCACACCCUCGCCAACAAUCAGGCCCUCAUGCAGCGUGACUCCAACAGGACCAGAAUCUGGUUUCCCCUCUUCAGCUUUUUCGAAUCAUCAGUCGAUGGUAUUGUUCCCAACGAGUACGAAUCACCAUCAAAAAUCAUCUGCAACAUCAUCUGCACUUUCAGGGAUAUUUGUUCAUUCGUUAAACAAAAAAUGAUGCAGAAGACUCAUUUCGAUGCUAGUAAGGACAACAAGAAAAAAUUAUGAAAAUUCGUUGUGCCUAUUAGGUUAUUUAUUAAAUUAAUUUAAUACAAUUAUUA